GAUCAAAACCACGAACGCUCCAAAAAUUUUCCCACUCAAUUUUUUUCGCGCGCCACAGUGUACAAACGAACGAAUUUGCUUCAAAUUCUGACACUUGAGAAUUUCCGGUCCAAUCUCUCGCCAUAACCCGUUAUUCUUAAUUGUAAUUUCGAAGUCGCAUCAGAAUUUCGUCUGAAUCACCUACAUUUCGUCUUGCGCUGGAUUUAAUAAAGUUUACAUGUUGCAACUAUAUCAUACCACGUCUUCAGCUGGAUUGUAGGAGAGAAAUACGGGGAAGGAAAUCCCCACCAUGCUUCAGCGAAGCGGAAAAAGAACACAGUCUCAGGUUCUAAUGCGACAGUCUUCCAUUCUGGAUCACUUUUCUCUUACCAAUAGAGGUAAACGGAGUAAGACUGAAGCUGAACCAGUUGUUCCAUUUUCUGAACCAGAAGUGUCCCACUAUCCCGUGGAAGAUACUCAGGAACAUCAAAGACGUGUUCUUCAAAAUGAAUCAGAUUCCUAUCUGAUUGAUGGGCCACAAGAACCAGAUACCCUGUUAGACUGGGAGAAGAAAUUGAAUAGGGUUCUGAAAAAGCAUUUUGGUUAUCCGUUCUUGAAGAAGUUCCAAAAGGAAGCUCUAGAAGCAUGGUUAAAUCACCAAGAUUGUCUGGUUCUUGCUGCAACUGGAUCUGGGAAAUCCAUCUGUUUUCAGAUUCCAGCUUUAUUGACAGGCAAGGUGGUGGUUGUUAUUUCACCAUUGAUAAGCUUGAUGCACGAUCAAUGCUUAAAACUUGCAAAGCAUGGGGUUUCUGCCUGCUUUCUUGGAUCUGGGCAACCUGACAGUUCCGUGGAAAAGAAAGCAAUGGGAGGUGCAUAUAGCAUCAUCUAUGUUUGCCCAGAGACAGUUCUAAGAUUGAUUCAACCACUUCAAAAGUUGGCUGAAACUCGUGGAAUUGCAUUGUUUGCAAUUGAUGAAGUACACUGUGUUUCUAAAUGGGGCCAUGACUUUCGUCCUGACUACAGGCGCUUGUCAAUUCUGCGAGAGAAUUUCAGCUCCUCAACUCUAAAUUUUUUGAAAUAUAACGUGCCUUUGAUGGCGUUGACUGCGACUGCCACAGUUCAAGUUCGAGAAGACAUUUUAAAGUCAUUAUGUAUGUCAAAGGAAACAAAGAUCAUUCUAACUUCAUUUUUUAGGCCUAAUCUUCGCUUCUCUGUAAAACAUAGUAGAACAUCUUCACCAUCCUCAUAUAGGAAGGAUUUCAGCAACCUUAUAGAUGUAUAUGCUGGAAAUAGAAGAUUCGGAAACAAGAAACAAACUAUAAUCUCUCACAAACCAGACAGUGUAUUAGAUUGCUCAACUGACUGUGGCUUGUAUGAGGUAGACAAAAUCUCUCCAAAUGACUUAGAGGACACUGAUGAUUCUGACUCAGAUAAAGAUGAUGAGGUAGAUUCUUCAGAAGAGUGUUUACCAAGCCCCUCAAAAGAAAGGACAAUGUCUGUUGAGUACUUGGAGAAUGAGGUUGAUGUCUUUCAGAGUGUAGAUGAUUGGGACGUUGCAUAUGGAGAGUUUUGUGGGCAAUUAGUUUGUGAGGACACUGAUGUAGACACGGAGAAGAUUAAUCUGCUGGAUAAAGCAGAUGAAAGACAAAAAAGUAGUCAAGAGAGUUUAGAUCAAGGGCCAACUAUUAUCUAUGUUCCUACUAGAAAAGAAACUUUAAGCAUCUCAAAGUUUCUUUGUCAAUGUGGUGUGAAGGCUGCUGCUUACAAUGCAUCGCUUCCAAAAUCUCAUUUAAGGAUGGUUCACAAGGAUUUUCACGAGAAUAAUGUAGAGGUUGUAGUUGCAACAAUAGCAUUUGGAAUGGGGAUUGACAAGUCAAACGUCCGAAGAAUUAUUCACUACGGUUGGCCGCAGAGUUUGGAAGCUUAUUAUCAAGAAGCUGGUCGUGCUGGAAGGGAUGGAAAAUUAGCAGAUUGCAUUCUGUAUGCAAAUCUGACAAGAAUACCAUCCCUUUUGCCAAGUCGAAGAAGUGAAGAACAAACUAAUCAAGCAUACAGAAUGCUAUCUGAUUGCUUCAGAUAUGGGAUGAACACUUCAAAUUGUCGAGCACAGAAGCUAGUGGAGUACUUUGGUGAAACUUUUGAUCGUGAGAAGUGUCUAAUGUGUGAUGUUUGUGUGAAGGGACCUCCAAAUAUGCAGAAUUUGAAGGAGGAAUCAGAUAUAUUAAUGCAGGCCAUUGCUGCACAUCAUCGAUAUUUAGAGGAGGCAUCAUACGAUAAUUUCUCAUACAGCGAUGUCAAACACAGAUCCAGGGAGAAACCAAAUUUGAGGUUUUUUGUCAGUAAAGUAAGAGAGCAGACCCUCAAAUUCGCAGCAACUGAUAUCCUCUGGUGGCGAGGUCUUGCAAGAAUCCUGGAAUAUAAAGGUUACUUGAAAGAAGGAGAUCACAAGAUCCAUGUUCAGAUAAAAUUCCCUGAGCUUACCAAGUUGGGAUUGGAGUUUCUGUCAAGAAGUGACCAAACGUUCAAUGUUUACCCUGAAUCAGACAUGCUUCUCUCAAUAGCCAAACCUAAAUCCUUCUCAUCCUUCUCGGAAUGGGGCAAAGGCUGGGCUGAUCCUGCCAUUCGUCGUGAACGACUCAAACGUAGGAGACAGUUUGUUGACAAGUCACAAGGACCACGGUCACGGUCACGGAAGCCAAGAAAAAGGAAAUCACGUAAACAAAACUUUGAUUCGAAAACGGUUCGAGGUAGAUUAACUGCUAAAUUGUCAAUAAAGAAAUAAGUUCAAAAUUUUUAGUUUCCAUGUUCACAAUUUUCAAGAGAUAUUUAUCCUUUGAUAUGAAUUCUAUCAGAAUGUGCUUAUUGGCUAUUUUUUUUUUA